AAACCGGUUACCACACGUCCAAUUUGGAGGAGUGGCUGCGCCGCUGUUAUUAUCCCAUUCCCACCACACUCUCCAAUACUACCGGCUACCCAGGUCACCUUACCUUUUAUUUUUUUUCUCUUCCAACAUCUUAUUUAAACUGAAAACCUCGUUCAUAACUCAGUGUCUGUUUCCGAAUACAAACUCAACCCGACCCGCCCGAAGUAGUUGUUGGAAAAGAGAGUGAAAGAGAUGAUACUGGUGUCGAUCGUGGCGGAGGUGCUGGAGGAGUACACGGCGUUGCUGGCGAGAGUGGUGGAGCAGGUGUUCCGUUCCGCCCCUAUCCCUCGACGGGUUCGUUUUCUCAUCCUCCGCACCCUUCCCUUCGUUUCUUCUCACCCUAGGACCAUUCCACCCCCUCCCACCCCUUCCCAUUAGGAUUCUUCAUUUUCCUGGACUGUUCCCAUUUUUGUAAAUUUCAGAUCUUUUCUAUUGACACUGGAAUCAUAUUCUGUUUCGUUUAACCUUUCUCAUCAUGUUUCAUACUCCAUCUUUCUUUCUCUGUUUAUUUUGCUAUUAUCUGUAGGCUUCUUUGUAGCUCAACAAAAUAUCUCCAGUCACUAUGAUUGAUAAAGUGAUUCCAUUUUCCUUGUCGUUUUA